AAGGGUUGGUGGUGGUGGUGGUGGCAUUCCGGCUAUCCCGGGUGUAGUACUGGUCCAGUUUUGUCUCGGUCUGAACGGAAUGGGACAUUUCGGUCGCACAGCCAAAGGCUCACUCACGGUGAGGCUCUAUUUGUUUGGGACGGAUAGUUCGGUUUCAUUUUAAAACGCGUCCUCAACCGAAGCGAACGCAGGUUGAGCUGUGUUGUGUUGUGGUACCGUCAGAAUCUGUCGUCGUCGGUCGGUCGGAAUAUCCGUCCCGGUCGGCGCAGAACCAUAUCGCGAAGCGCGUGUAGGGGCGUCGUGCGAAUUUUUGGCGACUUUUAGAUCCCCACUGAGGGGACCUACGGCCCCCAUCGGUUAAAGUUUGAAUUUCGCAACGCUUUUCAAAGUUUUUAGUUUCCGCGUGUGAUACGAGAAAGACCGAGACAAAGUAAAGUUUUCAGUGAUCAACGGUGAUCGUGACGAAAGCCAUUGCGAGUGAGGUGUAAUGUGAGUGAACAAAUUGACACGCAGAUACAAAUACGACACCAAGUACAAGCGCGAGUAGGUUAAACCAUACAGGAAAACACAUAUCGAAAAUAAGAGAAACCCGAAGCAGAGAAACAACGGCACACACGGUUAGCUUGAUAAGACCUGAAGCGGGUGAAGUGAAACAAAGAAGUGAAAACAACAAAUUAAUGCAAGCAGCAAGCACGCAGAGACCUCAGAAGAAAUCCACCUCGCCACAGAGAGACAGUGAGUCCAGCGCAGGCAGCAGUGAGCCUGAGCGGGGUGUUGUGCUUCUUUCUUCCUUCUAUCAUUAUUCUACCACCGGAACCACGGCGCUGGUGGAACACAACAAAAACGGUGAUAAUUAAAAUUUAUUGAGAAUCUAUGUUAAUUUGCCGUUUGUCACACGGUGCGGGCGAGCGAGUGGAAAAGGCUAAGUGACACUGCGGCCACAAGGUGUGUAACGUGCCCCGAAGUGUGUAUGUGUGUAGUGUAGUGGUGCGCUACUGCCCUGUUACUAGCUGGCUUAGCUUAGAGUCACCGCAGACAGCUCAGGAACCCCGGGUGUAAGACUUGGAAGGUCUUGAACGAUCUCCACACUAGCUGCUGCUGGAGAGCAAGCAUCGUCGCGUUAAUUAGGAUCGAUUUAUGUGAAAGUUCUCAGCACAGCCGUGUGUUGGUGUGUGUGUAUGUUUGUGUGAGUGGCAAAAUUCCGGAACAGGAGCGAGUGGGAAAAUCAUGCUGUUUGACUACCUCGGUGCAGUAGGCGUACAGCUAGGUAGAUCGUUUCGGACGGGUAAUUAAAAGCGGGCACGAUAGUGACUGACAGCCGUGAGCGAGGGAAGCUUCAUAUUGUACUGAGACGUCAUCCUGCAGACAAGUGUGUCCUGACGAUCGUGUGAGUGCGUGUGUUCUGGAAUCCAAGUGUGACCAAGACUUGCCGGGGAAGUGCGCGUAAAGAUCUCGAUGCUAGUGAGCGAAGCGGUGUCGUCGAAUCGUAGCGAAUUCCUAGUGAACCUGGUGCUGCCAUCAAGUGAUGGCCAGUAAUGGGGGGACUCUGCACGGGGUUCCCCAGAGUGUGUCACAGCAGCAGCAGCAGCAACAGCACAUCUGCUCCCAGUGUGGCCUAUACUUUGAGAGUGCGUCCUCGUUGCAGGUGCAUCAUAUGCACUACCAUCAGCAUGACAGCAUGAACCGUUGGGGUUCACAGCAGCAGCCCGUGGUCAGUACAACGCUCGGAACGACAGCGGUUGCAACGACAACAACGACCGCCACCACCAUAACAACGAACGGGACCGCACCGUCCUCCACGACGCCAACGUCCUCCGACACGGAGAACAACAACCAGCCCGGUUCGCAUACGCCGACGCACGCGACGGCUGGUUUGAAGCCGGUAGCGUCACCUCACACGACGAUCGCGGCCGCCGCCGAUUCGAGUGACAAUCAGCCGCCAACGCCACAGCCCACCAUAACGGAGCCUGGAACUCCGCAAAGUUACGGCGGUGGUGGCACAUCGCCCUAUCACUCUCAGCAACAGCAACAGCAGCAGCAGCAGCAACAACAUCAGCAGCAAGUAAGUCAACAUCCGCAUCAGCUAGGAUUGCCCACGGGGUCAGCAGGGAGUGAGAUGCACUAUCCCAGCUACAUCCAUCCCGGGUACGAUCCGGGCAGUUACUACUCCGGUGGACCUGGUUCGGGUCUUGACUACGGUGGCGGUGUACUAGGUGCACCUCUGCAACCUACGGACUAUAAAUCCGGCUCGUCGGUCGUGUCCUCGGCAAGGUACCAUCCGUACGGCGGUGGUUCCAGUGGCAGCAGCAACAACGGCGGUGGUCCGGAUGGUUCUUCGCCGGCGGUGGUUAGCAGCAACGGUGGUUCGGCCGGCAUGAGUCCGCAAGUGGUAAGUUCUUCCAAUGGUGUUACCGUAGCAGGUAGCGGCAGCGGAUCCACGACUGUGACGACCGUCGCCAGCACCACUUCCCAAUCGUCCCAGCCGGCCCAUUCGCCACCGAACGGAACGGGCGGCUCGAACAUUCCACCAACACCGUCCCCAUCGCCGAUCCAGUGCGAGAAGUGUGGUAUGGUGUGCGAAUCCGACGAGGCCCUGAACGAGCAUGAGGCCACGAUACACUCGAACGUGCAGUCGGCGCAAGAUCAGCAGCAGCAGCGCGUCGAUCAGGUUGAUCUGCAGGGUGGUGGUGGAAACUGUUACACGUACGGAGCUGGAGGAACAGGCGGUACGCCAGUGUACCCCGUGAAGGAAGAAGCGCCCGCUUCGGACAUCCUCGAUCUCGACUCGCAAAAGAUGGUUGGUUAUGGACCUGCGGGUGAUGGUGGUCUGUUGCCACCGAUGAACUCGCUGCAUCCACUACAAUCGAUGCAACGACACCCGAUGAUGUCUUGGCAUGAUCCGCACAACUUCAUGGGUCCUCCGUCACUUCCACCGCCGCAUCCAUCGCAUGGUGGUGGGCCCGAUAUGAAGCACUCGGCCGCCGUAGCAGCAGCAGCAGCCGCGGCCGCCUAUUACCAUCAUCCGAUCAAGUCCGAGUAUUCGGCUACUCCGGCGAUAAAGUCCGAGUAUCUUGGUGGCGGAGGAGGUGGACAUUACGGUGGGACGGGUAGUCCGAUCGUGAAGAAUGAAUACAGUCUGCCGCCAACAUUGCCACCACCGGCCGUGGCUCCACAGCCAACGAACGCCCAGACGAUGAAGCAGUACGCGGACGAGAUGCACGACAAUCAGCUGGCAACCAGUCCGUCCGAUUUCCCGAGCACGACCACACCGCAGGAAAGUGGUUCGCAGUACCGUACGUUCGAGCCGGCAACUUCAUCGCUUCCGGGAACAGCGGGACCCACGAAGGGCACUGCUUGGAAGUCGAACGAAGCGCGCCGUCCGAAGACUUACAACUGUACGGCGUGCAACAAGUGGUUCACUAGCUCGGGCCAUCUGAAGCGUCACUACAACACGACGCUGCACAAGAAUGCGGUAAAGUCGAGUGGCCAGCCAGAUCCGGCGACGCUACCGAUCAGCGUGCAUCAUCACCCGGGUCGUGAUCCGAACUACGCCAACAAGGGUCGCCGAGGAGGAGCGGGCAACGGUUCCGGAGCCGGUGCUGGAGGAGGAGGUUCAGGUGGAGCUGGAGGUGGAGGAGCAGGUUCGCAGAUCCAGCAGCCUAUACAGCAGCCAGUACCACCGCCCGAUCCACCGAGAAGUCCCGAGUACGGGACGGGUCCGGGUGCGCAGCAGUACGGCAGCGCAUCGGCGGCGGGGUUUUCGACGGCCGGGAACUCGCCCGGCCAUCAGCAUCCGGGCAGCGUGGGCCAGGUAGUCAGCUCGAACCAGUCACCGGGGUUUCAUCACCCGUACGCCGGCGCGACCAGCGCGAACGGCACCACAGCCAGCUCCACUUCUUCAGCGGUUCCCCCAAACGGGGUAGCAGGUCCCUCCGUCCAAGUCUCCCAACCGAGGGGCCUGCAGAUCUACUCGAACAGCAGCAACAGCCACAGCAUGGCGGAGCAAAUGGAGCAAGCCACCCAUACCAUUACCACCAUCCUCACGCCCACCACCCAUCCGCUCACCUCCACGGUGGGCAUCCCGGACACCCUGGGCACCCGCAUCUCCACCAGCACCACCCGCACGCCCACGGACACCCACACGCCCCCCACCAUGGGCAUGGGCUCGCCGGUGGACCAUCUGCAGCAGCAGCCGCAGCCGCCGCAGCAGCAGCAGCCGCCGCCGCAGCACAUCAUCAGUUCAAUGGAGCCCUACCACCACCCCCACACGCAGCCCCACACAAUGCACACCAUCUCCAAUCCUUUAACUAUCAGCACCAGCAUUCCAUCCUUCCAAACCAUCCUGCCGGAGGCACCGAGCUAUCACCUUAUUAUUGGUAAUGCGGCCCAUCACCAGCACCAGCAGCACCAGCAGCAGCAGCAGUACCACCCGUCGCAGAUGGGGCUGAUGGCCGGAGACGGUCAGUGGGUCGAUGGAGGAGCAGGAGGUGACGGGCUGAUCGAGUCGACGACGGGAGACCGUAACGGGUCGUUGGGGUUUCCCCGGUGUUCGGGGGGCGCCGAGGUGUAUCAGGGCGAUACGGCGCCCCCCUUUUCACCUAACGUACCGGACCAGUACCAGCGUCCCAGUAGCAGCGAUGGGACCACCAUCCUGACGAACCUGACCGAUCAGCAGCAGCAGCACCAUCACCAGCAGCAGCAACGCAACCAGCAAUCGCAGCAGAUGAUGAUCGCCCACAGCACGAUGGGCAACAAGUACAAGGAGUACGUUGUGCUCCAGCAGCAGCAGCAGCAGGAGCACGAGGUAGACCCGUACCAGGAGCAGCUGUUGUACCGCGUGGCAACACCUCAGCUGGGCGCCACGGCACCCUCCAUUUCGCCCGCUCCCUGCUCCCCCAGCGUCACGUCAACGGAUGUCGGGCAGACGCAGCUGCAGUCGGGCCAGGUCGAGUCGGCCAAGUCGGCCAACAAGGCGAACGGGCAGCCGGACGUGCACCGGUGCAUCGAGUGUGACAAGGUGUUCAACAAAGUAUGCUAUCUGACACAGCACAACAAAACGUUCCACUCCGGGGACAAACCGUACAAGUGUCAUCGGUGCGGCAAACGCUUCCCGUGCAAUCAGUCGUACGAGGAGCAUCUGGCAAAGCAUGGCGGCGAAAAACCGUUCAAGUGCGAACAGUGUCCGAAGCAGUUCAAUCACAAGACGGAUCUGCGCCGGCACAUGUGUCUGCACAGUGGUUCCAAACCGUAUGCCUGUGAGCAGUGCGGCAAGGGCUUUAUCCGUAAGGAUCACAUGAUCAAGCACUCGGAGACGCACCGGAAGAAUGUGGCGGCUGGACAGGACCGGGGAGGCAACGGGCAGAAGCGGGCCGGUAAGGUGGGAGGCCUGAAGAAGGGAGGCAGCAAGAAGGACAUCGUCGGACUGGUGGACGAAUGACGAUGGCUGAAUCUUCGCUGUCUUACACCGGAGCUGUGAACGGGCGGCGAUCGACACAUCGGAUGUGUGGUGUUGGGUGCUGCCGCCAUCAAACGCCAUCAAGUGUACAUUUGUUUCUGAGCGUCGAUUCGACCGUUUGAGUGCGUGUGUGUGUGUGUCUGUGCGUUGUACAGGGGUGCUCAAUCGUUGCGUUUUGGCGGCCAUAGGGGGAACUGGGGAUUCGAAUGCGUGUAUCGUAAGCAACAGUUGUAGCCGUUAAGUCAAGAGCGUGAAGAGUUACCUCCCUUAAGUUACUACUACAUCGGAACCGAAGUACCGUCAACUACCUGUAAAUGUUAAUGUAUGCCAUCACCAGCAAACGGGUGCCAACAACCGGAAGCUCGAUCCUGCCGAGUUCCGAAGCGUAAGUGAAUAGAUUAUACUUGUACACCAGCUACCUCAAGCGAGUAUAGAAAGAGAGAGAGAGAGAGAAAGAGAGAGAGAGAGAGAGUCACCGUGGGGACAUGUUUAUGUAUGUUUUAUUCCGUUUUACAAAUAAAAAAUCAAACGAGAUAGAUCAGUAUCGAUGUUCAGUUUAGUUAAGCCAAGAAUAGUGAGAAUCAGGGGAAGAUUUUGUUCUCCAGCUCAGGAACACACAUUAGCGAGCUUUUUACAGCUCGCGAAACUCGUGAUCACAAACACUGUCCGUCGGUGAUAGGGAAAUGGAGGCUCAAAAAAACCGUUCAAGAUUCCUCAGAUGCCCGCAACCUUUACCUCCGGUGCAUUCGUAACGAUUCUACCUCAACAUAAGUAAUGCAUUUUACAAUCCAACUCCAUACACUAAUCCGUAGACGGGUACGGAGACCGUUCGAACCGACAGAUUGUUUAUUUUGCCUCCUUCUGUCAGUCUUCUUUCUCCAGAAUAGGAGCGCAUCCUAGGUGUUUUAGGCCACACCGUUGGUGGCAUAAAUAAAGAACGAGAAAACCCUGGUGGCGAAGCGAUAGAGUUACCAAGAUAUGAUACCGAUGGAGAACCUUUUACUAUAUAUUUAUUAUUGUACAUGGCAGAGGUGGUGUUGCGUAGCGGAAACAUAAACACUAGAAUGAUAUAUUAUGUAUAAGUAUAGAUGUGACCCAUACUACACUUCUGGAGCUAUUCAGAACAUUUUAAAGCAAUAAACAAAAACAAAGAAAAGAUUGUACUGUGUGUGUACGCGUAGUGUACGUAUUCUUCGUUGGACGUUCUGUACUGGGUUCCAGUUUUAAUCGAUUCCAUAUGCGUGUGUGUGUGUGUGUUUGUGGUAGGAUGGAGCCAGAGUCUAAUGGUAGUAAAAUGAGUGCUCGUGAGUGUACGGUAAUAGAGAGAUACUAUGUAAUAUAAUAUAGUGUAAACAAUAUUUAGAGAUGAAUGUCAUCAGCUGUUAGGCAGCUAUCCGUUUUACCCUCUUCUUCCGGCGAGAUGGAGUAAGAAAACAAAGUACAUACAAACUACCUACAAUCACGUACCUAAUCUGAUAAGGAUGUUAAAAUGGUGGCGCAGAAAGAGAUGGGACAAAGCAAACAACAAAUGGGAGACAAACAAGAUCUGAACAGUAGUCCUCUUCUCUUCUCUGUGUGCAUUAUGUAUUGCGUGUGAGUGUUGAGUGUGUGAGUGUAGUAUUUUGGAAUCUUUCGAAGCUGGUCACAUUUUAAAACAGAACAAAAGUAGGAACAAAAACUCAUUUUACUCUACAUUAGACACGAGAGCAAAUCAACAAAAAGGCAAAAGCUGAUUGUAGAAAAAGGAAACUCAUCUUAUAGACUAUUGAAACAAAACGAAUGUACAAAUGAACGAUAAUGGUGCAGGAAGUAGAAGAAAGCAAAUCAAUAAACAGCAUAUAAAAAAACAUGAUAAAACAUUGGAAAACAUAUUUGAAUCUAUUGAGAGGCAAAAAUCAAGCAAACAAAAUCGAAAGUAAUUCGUAACGAUGGUACAAAACUCGGCAGCAGAGCAAAACGAACGGAAUGAGACCGAACAAACUAUGAUGCCAAAAGAGAUAGAGAGAGAGAGAGAAAGAGAGAGAGUGAAGGGGAAACCGGAAGGUUGUAUGGCAACCGAAUUUCGAAGCACAUCAAACGAACGAUAUCAAGCUAUAUUAGUGGCACAAUUUAAUCAUCGAACUUCACGAGUUGCACGCAAUACGGAAACAUAUGAAGCCAACAGGCGUUCCCCGCGAUCGUCCCUGUGUGCGUUAGGUUUUAUUCGAAAAGUGAUUGUGUACUUUAUACGGUCAGGGCGUAUGGUUGUGUUUAGAUUAAUUAAUGGUCCCGCAAACACAGGUUGGAGUCGAAUUGGCGAAAGAGAGUGUGUGAGAGUUACCAAGCGUUACGAUCGAUUACGAACGAUCGUUCGGGUUUGAUCGAUCCGAGCAACGCAAUACACUACUAUUAAUUGUCAACGUUCCUAUACGCACGCACACGCAACCCACUUUGGAUUUGCGAUUGUCCCCAAGGUGCGGAACAGUAGCGUCCCAGUUCCUUUGCUUUGUGUUUCGUUCCGUUGGCAGUCGCGUUCGGUUUCGUUAAUGGGAAACUCGGACCCGGUAAUGGGCACCCGAUGAUGGUAUCUCGCCCAGCCAACCCCGUUAGCCAUAUAGCCUACAGUACACUAAUUAGUCUAGCCGGUGUCGGAGAGCCGAGCGAUCGAGACGGUCCGUCUCGUUGCGUUUGCGAGUCUCUGGCGUUUAAGGUCAAGGCUUCAGGAAUGCAGGCUCGUUAAGGCGAAAUGCGCUUUUGCUUUUCGUUGAUUUCGUUCGUUUCGAACCAGGCCCUCGGACUGAGGGGGGGGGGGGGGGGAGGGGUACCCUCAGAAUCAAGUACGGAAAAGGAAGCAGACAUAAGUCAAAACUCGAAUCUCGGCGAAGCAAGCACAGAAACCACACUUUGCAGCCAAAUCUGAAACCUCAGGGAUACUCGUAGAAUUUAAUGUUAGAAUGUAUUUUAGAGUCUACAGGUGGUACAGGUGGUACUGGAAUCAAGCAUUUCGGCAACGAAAACACUAACGACUAUCAUAAAAACACAUCUUACGAUUCCGUAACAUAUCGUUCCAAAUAUGGUUUAAGUUCAGCGAUUGAUUAUUUUAGGUUACUUGGUCUGUGGAGGUCUCUGAGAUCGGCCACACAACUCUUCCAGCCUCGGUAGAUACACGGCUCGUUUCAUUAGCCUCUACCAACGGUGGCGGUUAAUAGUUUUUUUAAUGUUUGAUUUGUUUGGCUUUAUUUUAUGGUGCAUUUUAUGUACCAACUACGUGUUGUUUUUUUUUCGUAACGAAAUAUCCUUCCUGAUAAGCAUUGUACACAUUCCUAAUUUAAUUUUAGCUCUCAAACACACACACACAAACAGUGGUAGUAGAAGAAUAUUACUUAAAUAGUUACCAGAGUUACCAAUGUUAUCCGUGAGUAGGGGCAGCGUGCUCACGUAACAAUACAGGAAGUCAAGUGAAUACAAAACUACAAACAAAAAGUACAUUACUCCAUGUAGUAUGCUCAAUCGGUAAAUAAGUUUGUUAUGUAGCGAAAGGCAAGAGAUAAAAAGAAACCCGAAGCGCAAAGCAACACAGGCGCAUAUACGAAAAACCCAGAAUAAACAAAAGAAACAAAGAGAAACGUAAAAGAUGUGUGUAGUAUAGGAAAACAAAAACAGAUACAAUGAAGAUGUAUAGAGUGUGAAACAGAGAAGAAAAGAGGGAAGAGAGAAAACUUACAACUAACAAAACAAAGAAAUUAAAUGGAAAAAAUCUAAAGAGCUAGACAUUAAGAGGUAAAGAAAAAUCUACAAAAAAAACUUGUAAAAACUGAAAGGAAACGAAACGAAAUGUAUCAAAAAACUCAACCCGAAUGCAAUGCAACUGUAACCCCUUCGCGCGUUCACCCGAUUAUCAAUAUAUUGUUUAAAACAAUCGUUCCAUAUCAGUGAGAUACUUAGGCUCAAUAUCAAGAGUUUGCGCGUGUUUUGCAAUAAAAAAGGGUGCGUUCCUGGCGCACGUAUAUGUUAAGGUAGAAGCACACAUAUCCCGCUCCGUGUGAGAUGGUCGCUAGAAUCGAGAAGGAUGGGUUGUGGAACAAACCAACACUUGUAGCAAAAAAGAAAUCAGUUAAAGCAUAGUGAAAUUGAGUGGGAAUUUUGAAGCAAUAGAAGGAUGUUGUUUUUAUUUUUGGGUUUUUUGCGUAAUAAUUUUGAACGUUUCCCCUAAACCAUCAAUACCUUUCAGUAUUAGAAUCGGCUGGCAAUUGGAAGUUGUACGUCUAACAGCUCCAAUUUCCAGGUAUUUAAAAAAAAGUAUAAGGAGGGAAAAUAGAAGCGUCUUCAAAACACGACAUCACGGCCAAGUCCGACCCGGUGCUUUAGUUUAAGUGUCCAGUUUUGUUUCUUUUUUGUGUUUAACUAAUGAUUAAGUUAUAACAGGCCUCGUAUUGUUACUGCUGUUUCCGAUUUAUCUUGUACGUUUAUCAGCUAGUAAGGGCUGACUGGCGCGAUCGGCUGGUUGGCGGACAAUGAAUUACGCUGCCAUAUACCACCACUACUAUUACUACUACUACUACUACUACUACUGCUUACCACUACCAUGUUGAGUUUCGUUUGCCAUAGAACACAACUUUUACACAGUCCAACAGUAUGACAAGCACAGUCGGAAUGGAGGCUCGUCUCAGGAUUGGUAGGGUUAAAGAACCACAUGUUGCUAUUUAGUUGUCAGUUGUUAGCUUUUAGUUGUAAAGUAUAUUAUCACGAUGGUUAUUAUUAUUACUAUUAUUAUUACUUCUAUCACAAUAAAACCGGAAAUAAGGAAAUACAAACUCAAACAAACUCAGGUGUACGAAAUGCAGAUUCUACGUGCAUAGGUAAGAAAAAGUACAACGUAAUGGCAGGGAUCUUAGAACAAAAUCAACACGGGGAAGACCGAACACGUUAGAAUUUUAAGUGCAAAAAGAAGGGCAAAAAAACUACAAAAAUAAAACAAAAGAAGAUUUAUCCGCCAAAAAAAAAAGCAACCGUGUGUAAUGAAUGGUACCGUAACUGGAAUUAUGACAAGAAUGCAUACGAAACACGUACAACCAAAUCUUAACACAAUGGUUUUGCAAGUGUAUGGAACAACAAAUGGAAUAAAGCAAACAUGAUAAAAAAUAUA